AUGGAUGUGCGUGACUUGGGUGACAGUAGUUACACGUAUGAACUCAGUGGUCAGCUAGCAGACUUGUACAACAACUGCGAUGGCACUUCGACUCCGGCACCAACAACUGCAGCACCAACAGCUCCCCCGACCACGCCGCCUCAGGCGCCAACAACUUCAGGCCCUGCUCCUCCCCCGGCUGUCGUGCCUACCACUGCUCCUGAACAGCCUAUUCCCGCUGUGCCUCUGGCAGGUACCAACGCGCCCGCUACCAAUCCGCCCGUUCCUCCACCCGCUGCGCCGGCGCAGCCCCCUCGCCUAAACUUGUUUAACUGGUUUCGCAGCCUUUGGGGCAACAGACGUGGUAAUGGACGCAGACUUGAAGCGGAGUAUGGGUGGGGCUGGUUUUGGAACAGUGUAUCAGGAAAUACUUUUCGGGAGAGUGACAGCGACAAUAACCAAGUUUUGAACGACAAUGAUGUUCUGACGAGAAGCAACGUUCUAGCAGCGGUAAAAACGACAACUUCUCCAACGCCGUCCCCGACGUCAUCCCCGACGCCAUCCCCGACACCUUGUACGACGUCAUCCCCGACGUCAUCCCCGACGUCAUCCCCGACGUCAUCCCCGACGUCAUCCCCGACCCCGACGUCAUCCCCGACGUCAUCCCCGACGUCAUCCCCGACGUCAUCCCCGACGUCAUCCCCGACACCUUGUACGACGUCAUCCCCGACGUCAUCCCCGACGUCAUCCCCGACGCCAUCCCCGACGUCAUCCCCGACGCCAUCCCCGACGCCACCCCCGACGCCAUCCCCGACGCCAUCCCCGACGCCAUCCCCGACGCCAUCCCCGACGCCUUGUACGCUGCCUUACCCGACGUUCUCUCCGACGCUUUCCCCCGACACCUUCCCCGACGCCUUCUCCGUCGCCUUCCACACCUUACCCGACAUCUUCUCCGACGCCUUCUCCGACACCUUCUCCGACAUCUUCUCCGACGCCUUCUCCGACGCUUUCCCCGUCGCCUUCCCCGACGCUUUCCCCGUCGCCUUCCCCGACGCCUUCUCCGUCGCCUUCCCCGACACCUUCCCCGACGCCUUCUCCGACACCUUCCCUCACGCCUUCUCCAACACCUUCUCCGACUCAUCCUUCAACGCCUUCUACGAAUGUCUCUCCCCAAUACGAUUGUAA